AUGGCAGAAAAAUCAAAUCAAUCUGAUGAUACAGAAACUACAAAUAUUUCUGAUGCUUUACAAAACAGUGGCUUUGAAAAAGAUUUUGUUCAAGAAUGCUCCAAAAAACGCUCAUGUAAUGAAUCUCAAGAUGAAAUUGUGCAAAUAGAUGCAGAUAAUUUUGAGAAUGUCGCCGGGGCAAGGAAGAUCGUUUCAUUUAAAGAAAAAACUUCAGUUUUAGAAAGUACGAAAAACAUCCCUUCAUCGAAAUCGCCUUUAAAACUAAAAACUGGUGAAUCUGCGACUGCUACUACUUCAGCAGAUCCGAAUUUUAAACUUUCAAAAACGGCAUAUAGAGGGAAAUCUGCAAUUUCAACAUUACCAGUAUCUCCCCAUUCUAAAGUGAUAAAAUCCCCAUUAAGAGAAAAACCUGCAACUUCCAUAUCCCCAGACUCACAUUUUAGAUUGAUAAAAACUGCAUCUAAAGAAGAAAAUGCAAUUCCUGCAACUUCAGAAUCGCCUUCUCAUCUGUCUUCACACUGGUUUCAUAAUACUUCACGAGGUGAAUCAUCCCAAUAUGAAAGCCAAAUUACACGUAGAAAACCAAACUUGCAAAAGAUGGGUCCGAUAAGUAAUAGAUACGUAACUCAGCAUUCGCUGCAACAGAGUCCAAAUCAAUUAUCCAUGACUCAUAGUUAUUCUGUCUUUGGUCAAUAUGAGAGAAAUUUUAACAAUUGGACACACAAUUGGCAAAACGCACGAUCAAGCAAUGUUAAAAGAGGGUCAAGAUAUGAUGGUCAUUCAAAUCUACCAACUCCACAUUUAUCUCAGCAUGCAUCGCAGACUGUUUUUGAUUGGUACAGGAGCAAUGAUAUCGGCAGGCCACAAAACAGACAAAACAUACGAUCGAAAAAUGAAAAAUUGCAGCCAACCAGUGCUUCAGACUCUUCAGUGUUGCAAACUUCAUACAGAUCCCAUAAUGAUGAACAAUCUGCAUCAGUCCGAUAUAAGAGUCGAAUAAGACGAAAUUCUCCAAGUACUUCACAAGAUCUAUCAGCUGUUAAUGAGAAUCAAGAUGCCACUAUUGAAACAAUCAGACAAAAUAUACUUUCAAAGAACAUUAGAUCUGCUGCAGACUCUUCGAUUCAUCAUAUGUCUCAUACUUCGCAAGUUGCAUCGAACACAUCGACCCAAUGCCAGAGUCAAAUUACCACUACAAAAUCCAGCAGGCCAAAUAUACAUUCUAAAUAUGUUGGACGGGAACCGGUAACAGACCCUUCAAUUUUACAGACAUCACACCAUCCUCAUGAUGCUUCGGAAGAUGUAUUAGUCCAUUGUAAGAAUCAGGCGAGAUGUCGAAAUGUACCUUCAAAAAACAUGAGUUCGGGUCCAAAAAAAGUUAGAAAUCCGUCGACUGUACAUACUUCUUACAAUAUUUAUCCAACUUCACAAGCUACAUCUGCUCAAUAUGGGUAUCCUGUUAAUGCUAGGGAACCAAGCAGGCCGAUUUUAAGUACAAAAAAUGCUGAAAGGAAACCGAGAUUUGUUACAAAUUCUUCGAUCUUACAAAAUUCUCAGAAGUUUCAUAAUAUUUCACAAAAUGCAUCAUCUCAAUAUAAGAGCCAGUUUAGCACUAAAGAGCCAAAAAGGCAAACUGUACGUUCCAAACUGUACGUUAAUUCGGAAUCAAGAUCUUCUACAGACCCUUCGAUUCAACAUUCUCAACAGUUUCAUAAUACCUCACAAGUUGCAUUAGCUCAAUAUGGGAGCCAGUUUAGUACGAAAGAGCCGAAAAAGCAAACUGUACGUUCAAAGAAUAUUAAUUCGGAUCUAAGAUCUGAUACGAACUCUUUGAUUCAGCAGAAUUCUCAACAGUUUCAUAAUACCUCACAAGUUGCGUCAGCUCAAUAUACGAGCCAGUUUAGCGGCAAAGAUUCCAAACGGCAAAUUGUACGUUCAAAGGAUUCUGGACCAAGAUCUGCUACAGACCCUUCGAUUCAACAGACUUCUCAGCCGUUUCAUAACACUUCACAAGUUGCGUCAGCUCAAUAUAAGAACCAGUUUAGCACUAAAGAGCCAAAAAGGCAAACUGUACGUUCCAAACUGUACGUUAAUUCGGAAUUAAGUUCUUUUACAGAUCCUUCGAUUCAACAUUCUCAACAGUUUCAUAAUACCUCACAAGUUGCAUCAGCUCAAUAUGUGAGCCAGUUUAGUACGAAAGAGCCGAAAAAGCAAACUGUACGUUCAAAGAAUAUUAAUUUGGAACUAAGAUCUGAUACGAACUCUUUGAUUCAACAGAAUUCUCAACAGUUUCAUAAUACCUCACAAAUUGCGUCAGCUCAAUAUACGAGCCAGUUUAGUGACAAAGAUUCCAAACGGCAAAUUGUACGUUCAAAGGAUUCUGGACCAAGAUCUGCUACAGACCCUUCGAUUCAACAGACUUCUCAGCCGUUUCGUAACACUUCACAAGUUGCGUCAGCUCAAUAUAAGAGCCAGUGUAGUGACAAAGAGCUAAAAAAGCAGACUGUACGUUCAAAGAAUAUUAAUUCGAAACCAAGAUCUGUUACAGACUCACCCAUUCAACAGACUUUAUACCAGUAUAAUAAUACUACCCAAGCUGUUACCGCUCAAUUUGAGAAUAAUGUAAGCACUGAGAAAUCAAAAUUGCAACGAAUACUCUUAAAUAAUAUGAAAGCGGAAUCCUUAGACGUGCCAAAAUUUUCAAUUGAAAACUUUCCUCCCAUAUCAUCACCUGUACCUAAGGCUCUUUGUAAAAGAAUUGUAACUGUUAUAAAAUCAAAAAAAGUAUCGAAAAAUAAUCUGGAGGAAACCAAUUUAGUUGCUGGUUCUUCAAAUAUUCAGAAUACUCAACACUCCAUUAAAACGGUAGAGGUUAAAGAUUUGGAGAAAUCUCAAAACAUCGAGAUUUGUUCUCACAUUUCGAGAAUUUUACCUGAAAACGUCACUCAGCAGACAUCAAAAUCUGAAGAAACUGCAUCAGUAGAAAACGUGACUUUAACUGAAUCCUCUCAGAUCUUUCCCUUUAUAAAAGAGCCAGUAUCUAAAGCUGUAUAUAUACGUAGUAUCACUUUAAUAGAGGAGAAUAGAAUGAUGGAUUACAAUCUUGAGGAACAAGUAUUAGUCACUGAAACUAGGAACAGCGAAAAUAUUUCCUAUUCGCCUAAAGAAGAGAAAAAUUCCUCGUCAGGAAACUAUGGUUUGCCGACUUCUAAACAACCCGUAACUAUUUCAAACGACAAAGAAUGUUUCAAUUCUACAAAAGUAAAUACAGUACCAAAUACUAAUUUAGAGCAGAAUAUUUUGUAUCCCGAUCUUUCAACUAGAUUGACUACCUACCAUUCAACCAACUAUGAAAAAAAUGAAUCAACAGAAAAUGAUGUUCUUGUGUCGUUCCAGAAAUGUCAGAAUUUACCGUACUUCGAGAAUCCUAAAUCAACAUUUAAUGAAGAAAAUGAAGUUAGAGAUGUAAAUACAGCAUUACCCUCUAAUGCUGAACAGCAUAUAUUAAUCUCCGAUUUUUCAACUAACUAUAUAAAAAAUGAAUCUACAGACCCAAAUGUCUUAGUAUCAUUUGAGAAAUGUAAAGAUUUAUCUUUCAGAACACAUCCUGUAUCUGCACCUAGUGUAAAAGAAAAUGUCCUUUCUAGAAAAGAAAAUGUCAAUUCUGGAGAAGAAAAUGUCACUUCUAGAGAAGAAAAUUUCAGUUUUAGAGAUGAAAAUAAAAUUUCAGAAAGUUAUAUGGAGAAACAAAUUUCAGAUAAUUCAAGUAGCCAUGAUUUUCCGAUAGCUGGAGAGUAUGGAUCUCACAAACUUCAGAGUUUCAGCUACAAUUGUAAAAUAGGAGAAUCUUCAUACUCUAUGCAGAAUAAUGCACCUAGAGAAUUCAGUAGACAAUUAAACAGAAAUCUAGAGGAAAAUAGAUUGGUUGAUAGUUCUUUCAAUAUUCACGGUUUAUAUGAUACAGGAACAGCUGAAAAGACGCACAAUUAUGACUAUUUGACUCCCCAGGAGUUUCAGUUUUAUCAAAACAUCCCUCCUCCUUUGCAUUGCACAAAUAAUAUUACAUUUAAUGAAGCAAAUAGACUAUCAGACCCACUUCUGGAGGAACAUAGUUUAGCGAUUAGACCCUUAGAUAUAGAGAAUAUCUCUCAUAUUCCCAAUACAUCGAAAAUUGAACAUACUGACCCCCAUAACAUUCAAUACUACCCUUACAUUUCUUAUAUUGUACCCACACAAGACCACCAAACAACUAGAGAAGCAAACAGCGUAUUAAGCAGUACUUUAGAAGAUCCAAGUAGUAUUCAAGAUACCCAUUUUUUCCCAAACAGUGUAAAUAUGGUACCUAUAGUAAACGAUGGUUUUAUGGAACUCCAGAAUUUCCCUUGUGUAUCACGCCCUAUAUCUGGACUGAAUUAUGUAUUUAAUGACAAUUUUAGUGAGACAGACAAAUUAUUAGUUAGAAAUCAAGAUUCGCCUAAUACUUGUGAAUUUGGAAAUGCAGAAAACUAUUCUUCAAUGUUACAAAAUAUUCUUUAUUUACCUAGCAUUGCAGAGCCUAUCUACUUACCAUAUGUUAAUAGUGCAACAGGCAGUGAUCGUAGUUUAAUAACUAGUUCAUCAAGUGUUCAAGAAAACAUUUCAAUUCAUCAGAACUAUCAGCAACAGUACGUACCUGCUAUUGCUCAAUCAUUGCCAUAUGCUAAUGGUGGUACAGACAGGGAAGUGCUUUCUGAAAGAUUGGAGUCUGGAUAUCAUGAUAACAAUUCGACUUACCAGAACAGUUUACUUUCUUCAACAGAACCUGCAAUUGUGUCUUAUGUUAAUAGUGCACCAGACGUUGAAGAUUAUAUUCGAAGAUUAGUUUUCGGUUCUUCUGUUGUUCAGGAUAACAUUUCGACUCCUUAA